AUGUCUUUGAGUUUAUCAAGUUUCUCAUCGGGUGCCAUCAUCAGUGACGAUGAUGAUGUGGACGAUGGUGUGCCUGAGCCCAGUUGCGCACUACCAUUAGCCAAUGACACCAAAUUACUCAGACUAUUACUGCUACUCAUUGUUGGAGUUGUGGAUAGUGCCGGUGUCGAUGUGUUUGAUAGUGGCGUGCGAGGUGCAGGCGUCGAUGGAAGCGAAGGCGAAUGUGAAGCCGAGGUCGAGGGCGAUGUUGAACCUGUUGUACCCAUGCUGCUGCUGGAUGUCUGUGACGUGGAGUGUGAAGUGGCCAUUGGUUUGGAUGUGGGAUGCAGGGGCGGUGAUCGGGUGGGUGGAGAAGAUGUAUUUGGCGAAGCAGAGGUCGUGCCAGGUGAGGAAGCACCUGACUUUGUGACGGGUGGUCCCUGGGGCUUGGGUGGGGGUGGCGACGACUGUGAAGUAUUAUUAUUGUUGUUGUUGGACAACAACGAUGUUUGA